CGCUCACUAUGCUUGCUUACGAAGGAGCAUCAAAUCAGUGCUGGAAAAACAAUUUCUAAAAACAAUUUCUAAAUCAUACUUUCCCUGGAAAAACAAUUUCUAAAAACAAUUUCUAAAUCGUACUUUCCAAAUUUAAAACCCUUUUCCAGAGAAGAAAGUUUCAACAGUUCAAUUGAGCUCCAGAUUUGUGGCACGAUGGGCAAGAGAAUGGGGAUUCAUGCUGUUGCAAUUGCAAUUGUUUGUGUGUUAAUGAUAGAAUUUGUCAUGGCAGAUGAUAACAAUAGGGUAUUCAGUCCAUGCUCAGACACACUGGUGCAGAAGAAGGAUGGAUUUACGUUUGGUCUAGCCUUUGCGACCAGGGAAUCGUUUUUCUCGAACAAUGUGGAGCUGUCGCCCUGUGAUAAGCGUUUGGCGUUGUCGUCCAAGUCGUCUCAGGCGGCCGUGUUUAGGCCCAAGGUUGACCAGAUUUCGCUUCUCACCAUCAACACCACGAGCGGCUCCUUCUCCCCGGAACAAUAUGGGUAUAUGGUAGCGUUUGCUGGACAUAAAUAUGCAGCAAGGUCUAUUCCACGUUUUGUUGCAGACUCAAAUAUUAUAAUUACAAGCUUCACAUUGGCACUUGAGUUCAACAAAGGGAGACUGCAAAAUUUAUACUGGAAAUCAGACAACUGUGAUUCUUGCAGUGGAAAUUCAUCACUUGUCUGUUAUAAGAACCAAGCUUGUGCAAUUAGACUUUCUACUUGCAAAAGCAAGGGAGGUUCAGUUGAUUGCAGUCUUGGUAUACAAGUAGCUUUUUCAGGCACAGAUAAGCAUGAUGCAGUGUUGAAUUCCUGGUAUGAAGUAAGCAAUUUGAGGCAAUAUUCUUUGUAUGGUUUGUAUUCAAAUCUGAAAGGUUCCCUUACAAGUCAGUUCAGCAGUUUCUUCUAAGUUUUUUCAAGGCAAUAUUUUUUGUAUACUUUGUAUCUAAAUCUUGUAAAGUUCCCUUACAAGUUCAGGACAAGUUCUACUAAGAUUUUAAAAGCUGCCGAUGACUCUCUAUUCAUUGUUGAAAACAAAUUAAAGAAGUUCUAAAUGCUUUGUCCAACUGGAACAAGCUAUUUAUUGUUCAUUCAAAUGUGCCUAUAGAUGACUAGCUAAUCAUUGGAGAUGUACAACAUUCUAUUCACACGUCCUUUAAUUAUCGAGUUUCAAUGUUUGUUAUGCUUCA